AUGGCUCACAGCACAGCAAACACUAGCGAAGGCAGUACUGGCGAAAAGGCUCCCCGCGACGCCCUUCCAUCAAGUUCCGAAAAGUUGGGUAAAAACAAAGUUUUUCCUGGGGAAAUAAACAACGGUAGCGAGGAGGUUGUUGGCUAUGUCAAAGAGUUCGCCCUGGCAAAAGGGGGGAUCGAGUUGUGUCCUAAACCGACGGAAGACCCCCUUGACCCGCUAAACUUUUCAAGAAUAGAAAAAUGGACGAUCUUAGGGAUUGUAAUGUGGAUGUAUUUCCUCUUCACAUACAUCACAACGACGACCGUUCCAUCCUUCCCCCUUCUUCAAGAGCAGUAUUCCAUAUCACACUCCCAGGUCAACUGGACCGUCGCCAUCCCAGCACUUGGACUCUCAAUAGGCCCCUUAUUCUGGUCGUCCCUCGCAGAUAUAUAUGGUCGGCGUAUAAUUUUCAUUUCGGGGACGAUAGUGGCGUUUAUUGCGACUAUUGGAUCUGCCGUAGCACCCACCUAUAAGGGGUACAUGGCUGCAAGAUUUUUCCAGGGUUUUGGUGUUAGUCCUGCAGCGACUGUCGGGAUGGCCAUUGUGAAUGAUUUAUUUUUUGAGUAUGAGAGAGGUCAAAAGCUAGGCCUGUGGGUACUCGCACUGGACAUGGGACUGUUGGUUGGACCGUUGAUUGGUGGCUUUGUAUCCUUAGUGAACCAGUACUGGAAACUUUAUAUCCCCAUUGCUGGGGUUGAGCAUCCUAAACCCUGGGAUGCUUUUAUGCAAUUCUGCAAGAUUUGGUCCUUCCCAAACAUAGCUGUUUCGGUCUUCUUUUAUUGUUUUGCUUGGUAUUGGUGGGUGUUGUCAGUCAUUACAUACCUUCCAGUUGCAUAUCCACAAUACGCUGCCAAUAUUCAAGGGCUCCUCUUUCUCGGAUUGAUUCUUGGAACUCUGAUAUGCGAAAUAUUUUUCUCUGGUACAUUGAGCGACCGGAUAGUCUCAUUGCUAGCUAAGAAGAACAAUGAUGUCCGUGUUGCAGAAAUGCGACUGUGGCUAGUAUAUCCUGCUGUAAUUAUAACCGCUGUGGGUUUAAUUCUGUGGGGAAUCAGUGUCGAUAGAGGCUACCACUGGAUGGUUGGCCAGGUUGCGCUUUUCCUCUUCGCAGCAGGAAUCCAGAUCGGCAACACUGCCAUUUCCGCCUACAUAGUCGACUGUUAUCCAUCGCACGCAAUGUCGGUAAUAAUCUUCUAUAGCGUGCUUCUUAACUUGAGUGCGUUUGUGAAUCCGUUUUUCAUUGCACCAUGGUGUGACAGUGUAGGGUUCACAUGGACUUUUUCGGCACAGGGCUUAUUAACUUUUGGAGUUAUGAUGCCGGUUACUGUAGUGCUGCAAAGAUAUGGAUUGCAGUGGAGGACAGCGAGGGGUGAGCCUAAAUGGUAA